AUGGCAUCCGCUGAAGCUGCCGUUAUUCCCGACGGGACAGGUGUCCUGAAGCUCGACCCGUGGCUGGAACCACAUCGGGAGGUGUUGAAGCAUAGGUUCAGCGUGGUCAAGAAAUGGGCCGACGAUAUUGAGAAGUCAGAAGGUGGUUUGGAGAAGUUUAGCAAGGGAUAUGAGACAUUCGGUCUUCAUGUACAAGCAAAUGGAGAUAUCAAGUACCGCGAGUGGGCACCCAAUGCGGUGGAGGCGUCUUUAGUAGGCGAUUUCAAUAACUGGGAUACAAAUGCCAAUACCAUGACCAAGGACAACUUCGGAGUAUGGAGUGUCACUGUCCUAGCAAAGGAUGGAGCUGCAGCUAUUCCCCACGAAAGCAAGAUCAAGAUCACAAUGGUUAUCCCCGGUGGCGAGCGCAUCUACCGACUCCCAACAUGGAUCAAGCGAGUUGUUCAAGAUCUGAACGUCUCCCCAGAAUACGACGCAGUAUUCUGGAACCCACCCGCAAACGAGCGCUACAGCUUCAAGAACCCCAGACCCAAAAAGCCCGAGAGUCUACGAAUCUACGAGGCCCACGUUGGAAUCUCUUCAAAGGAAACCCGUGUCGCCACAUACAAGGAGUUCACACAGAACAUGCUCCCUCGCAUCAAGUACCUUGGUUACAAUGCCAUCCAGCUGAUGGCAAUCAUGGAACAUGCCUACUACGCCAGUUUCGGCUACCAGGUUAACAACUUCUUUGCGGCGAGCAGUCGCUAUGGUUCUCCUGAGGACUUGAAGGAGCUCAUUGACACAGCACACGGUCUUGGACUGGUUGUUCUACUCGAUGUAGUGCACAGCCAUGCGUCUAAGAACGUGCUUGAUGGUCUCAACAUGUUUGAUGGCUCCGAUCACCUUUACUUCCAUGGGGGUGCCAAGGGUCGACAUGAGCUGUGGGACAGCCGACUGUUCAACUACGGUAGCCACGAAGUUCUGCGAUUCCUUCUGAGUAACCUUCGUUUCUGGAUGGAGGAGUACCAGUUCGAUGGUUUCCGUUUCGAUGGAGUUACCAGCAUGCUGUACACCCACCAUGGGAUUGGAACGGGCUUUUCCGGUGGAUACCACGAAUACUUCGGACCAGCCGUCGACGAAGAAGGUGUCACAUAUCUUACUCUCGCCAACGAGAUGCUGCACAACCUCUACCCAGAAUGUAUCACCGUAGCCGAAGACGUCUCCGGAAUGCCAGCUUUAUGUCUCCCGCACGCACUGGGUGGAGUAGGAUUCGACUACCGCCUCGCAAUGGCCAUCCCAGACAUGUACAUCAAGCUACUGAAAGAGAAAGCCGACGACGAAUGGGACAUUGGCAACCUAUCACACACAUUGACAAACCGACGACACGGCGAGAAGACAAUUGCCUACGCCGAAAGCCACGAUCAAGCAUUGGUCGGCGACAAAUCCCUAAUGAUGUGGCUCUGCGACAAAGAAAUGUACACACACAUGUCCGUUCUAACAGAUUUCACCCCCGUCAUCGAAAGAGGCAUGGCAAUGCACAAGAUGAUCCGCCUAAUAACCCACGGCCUCGGCGGAGAAGGCUACCUAAACUUCGAAGGAAACGAAUUUGGACAUCCCGAAUGGCUCGACUUCCCCCGUGAAGGAAACGGAAACUCCUUCUGGUACGCGCGUCGACAGCUAAAUCUCACAGAAGACGAGCUGCUCCGCUACAGGUUCCUGAACGAGUUCGAUCGCGGAAUGCAGCUUACAGAAGAGAAGUAUGGAUGGUUACAUUCUUCGCAGGCGUAUGUGAGUCUUAAGCAUGAGGGAGAUAAGGUUCUUGUCUUUGAGAGGGCGGGAUUAGUUUGGAUUUUCAAUUUCAAUACUACGAGCUCCUUUACGGAUUAUCGGGUUGGGGUUGAUGUUCCGGGUACCUAUCGGAUUGUGCUUGAUACUGAUGAUAAGGCUUUUGGGGGGUUGGGGAGAAAUAUGAAGGAGACGAGGUUCUUUACCACUGAUAUGCCGUGGAAUGGGAGGGCGAACUUUACUCAGGUUUAUAUUCCGACAAGGACUGCUUUGGUCCUGGCUUUGGAAAACACUCUGUAA